AUGGCUUUUUCUGUUCUUCAACGAUAUAGCUUCGAUAAAGCUGCCGAUAUUCACGUAUUCCAUGAUCAUGAUAAUUUUUUACAAGGACUUCCUAUUAAAGAAUUAUCUUUCAGUGACGACGAAACGCACUCACAAGACAAAGACAAUGAUGAUGAACAUGUUGAACCAUUUCAUUUAAUAUCAGAUAAAAUCAUAUUAUAA